AUGCAAACAAAAGAAGGCUCAUCAUUGUAUUCGGAAGAGCAACAAAAAGAUUCGGAAUCAUUCCUAUCAUCAUCAUCGGAUUCCCAAAACAAAUCAUCAUCACUGGAAAUGCCAUGGAGGUCAUUAAAUUCCAGAAAGAAUGUACACUUUUUUGAAUGUACCCAUUCCGAGAGGCUUUCUCUCAUGUGUACGUGUGUGCCAGGACUUGAAGAAAUUGCAGCUCAUGAAAUUCGAGAUAAAUUUCAGAGAUUGAAUGGACAAUGGAAGGAUGAUGAAAAUAGUUCCUUUUCAUGGUUUAUUCAUCAUAUUUAUUGCGGGUAUUGUGAUGAUGAAAAUUCACAACGAGAGGAUUCAAAAUUGUCAAGUUCAACGAUGAGUGAAGGUAACCGAGAAAUUGUAAGAAUUUUCGAAAGGAAGGAUAUGAAAUCCAUGUUGCAAGGAAAAACUAUUGUUCAAUUCGAAUUUAACAACAAUAUUGAAUCAAUCUUUAAGACAUGUAUUGAUGCAUUGCUUCAGUGUAUUUCUAUUGUGAAAGUUCAUAUCAUGGCUUAUACUUUGGAAAACAUUUCAUUUCCAUCUCAAGGAAAGUCAAAUCAAGUUGCCUCGAAUGCUAUCAAUAGUCACACUGAUCUAGUGACAGAACAAAUUGCAGAAGAUGAAAAAAAAGAAAGAGAGUACGAAAGGAGAUUGAGAGAUGAUCCUCAAUUCAGAUAUAUCAUGGAAAUUCAUCAACAAUUUCUUUCAAAGAGCUCAUGUUGGAGAGAAUCUCUACUCAAAUGGAUGCACAUGAGAAAUCUUUUAUUUGCCAACAAGGAAGAACAACAGCUUCAGACUAUUGAACAUUUAAAAUUCCGAAUUACAGCGAAAAGAGCUGGCUCUCAUCAAUUCACUUCCAAAGAACUCUCAUCUUAUAUUGGAUUAUUAAUUUCUCACAAGUCGAUAGGAAGUGAAAAUGCAAAAAUUGGACAAUCAUGGAAAGCAGAUUUGUCAAACUAUGAUCUCGAUAUUUAUAGUUAUCUCUUUUUUGACACUUUGUUUGUGUGUUUUACACUGUGUGAAGAGAACGUUUGUUAUGAAACAUUCUCAAGAAAUUUUAGGAGCGAUCUUUUGAGAAAUUCCACUUCCCUUAAACCCAAUAUUGCUUACAGCUUAAUUCAAUUGGCCAAUGUUCGUGAGGGCGAUGUUUUUUGUGACAUUUGUUGUGGAACUGGAAUCCUCUCACUCAUGGCUGCUCACCUCUACAACCAUCAUCGUGUUCAUGUGAUUUGUGGUGAUUAUUCGAAGGAAGUUCUCGAAACAACCAUUUACAAUAUGAAUUUAUAUGUUGGGCGUGGCAACGAGAGACUUCAUCUGAUGAGUCCACUACUGUGGGAUUUCACUCAAUUGCCGCUCCAGACAGCCUCUGUGGAUGUCAUUUGUUCCAACCUUCCAUUUGGAAAACAAAUUGGAUCUCAUUCAUUGAAUAAGGAAAUUUAUCCUCCAAUGUUUAGACAAAUAUGCAGAGUGUUACGUCCAAAUGGAAGAGCAAUUUUGUUGACCACUGAGAAACACUUGAUGCAAAAAUUGAUGUCUGAGAACAAGGUGUUCAUUGCAUUGAAUAAGCGUGUGUCAAUUAAUCAAGGAGGUUCUGAAGUGUUUGUUUACAUUCUUGACAGGAAAAAUAGAGAAUGGUUCGUCAAGAAUGAUUCCACCAAGUGA